CCCUCCCCUGCUGUGGCUCUUCCGAGCUCAACUUUAGGUUCUCGCAGGGUAGCAGGGGACACCUGUUCCGUCCCCGCGUGGGACCAGUACCGAGAUUGUGUUCUUUCUCCCUCUGCAGUGGUUUGGGAUGGGGAGGAGGAAGUAAACAAACAUUCAUAAUCCGGAUUAUCCGCGGAGACUCUGGGCCUUCUUCCUCCCCCAGCCAGGCUGCCCAUCUGGGUCCUUGGGCCUUCCCUCUCUGGCCCUCUCUCCUUUGGAAUCCCACUUGCCAGCCCAAUCUGAAAGGGACAGUGCCACAGUAACUGAGUCUAGAUCCGGAAAGUGACAAGUGUGGGAAAGGGAGAGCUCCUGUGAAGGAAGAGUUUUCCUUCAGUAUUCUAUGUUGUGCCAUUCCCAGAAUCUUAAAAUGUCAGGGAAACGCAAGCGUGUGGUAUUGACCAUUAAGGAUAAGCUUGACAUAAUAAAAAAACUUGAAGAGGGCAGCUCCUCCAAACAACUCUCAGUGAUAUAUGGGAUUGGUGAAACAACAGUUAGGGAUAUAAGGAAGAAUAAAGAAAAAAUUAUAACUUAUGCUAGCAGUUCUGAUUCAACAAGUCUUUUGGCCAAGAGAAAGUCAAUGAAGCCGUCCAUGUAUGAAGAGCUGGACAGAGCUAUGCUGGAAUGGUUUAACCAGCAAAGAGCAAAGGGGAAUCCUGUAUCUGGACCAAUUUGUGCAAAAAGGGCAGAGUUUUUCUUCUAUGCCUUAGGAAUGGAUGGAGAUUUUAAUCCUUCGGCUGGUUGGUUAACUCGUUUUAAGCAAAGACAUAGCAUUCGUGAGAUUAACAUCAGAGGAGAAAAGUUAAAUGGAGAUGAAAACGUUGUGGAUGCAUUUUGUAGCCAUUUUAGGGAAUUUUUUAAGAGGGAGAAUUUACAUCCUGAGCAAAUCUAUAAUGCAGAUGAAACUGGAUUGUUUUGGAAGUGCCUUCCAACAAGAACAUCAGCAGCUAAGGGUAAAUUCACUGGUUCUGGGCGAAAAUUAAUUGAAGAAAGAAUCACAGUCAUGUGUUGUGCCAAUGCAACAGGUUUACACAAACUUAAACUUUGUGUAGUGGGAAAAGCAAAAAAACCACGUUCCUUUAAAGGUACUGACACCUCAAAUCUGCCAGUCUCCUAUUUCAGUCAAAAAGGUGCAUGGAUGGACCUUUCUAUUUUCAGACAAUGGUUUGACAAGAUCUUUGUGCCACAAGUUCGAGAGUACUUAAGAUCCAAAGGCCUUCAGGAAAAGGCAGUGCUGUUAUUGGAUAAUUCACCAACACAUCCAAAUGAAAAUGUCCUGAGGUCAGAUGAUGGCCAAAUAUUUGUAAAAUAUCUGCCACCUAAUGUAGCCUCAUUGAUUCAGCCUAUGGAUCAGGGUGUUAUAGCUAUAAUGAAAAGGCACUAUAGAGCAGGACUUCUCCAAAACAACUUAGAGGAGGGUAAUGAUCUGAAAAUGUUUUGGAAGAAACUAACAUUAUUAGAUGCUUUAUAUGAAAUUUCAAUGGCAUGGAACAUGGUUAAGCCAGUUACUAUUACAAGAGCAUGGAACAAAAUUUUCCCUGGCAAUGAAGAGAAAGAAAGUUUGGACUUUGAUGAAGAAGAGAUUUCGGCAGCUGCUUUAGCCACCAUCUUACAGCAUACGCAAGGAUGUGAAAAGAUGGACACUGAUAAUAUUGAACGGUGGUUUGAAGUGGACAGUACUGAACCAGGUUAUAAGGUGCUAACAGAUAGUGAAAUAAUCAGAAGAGCACAGGGCCAAACAGAUGAAUCAAGUGAAAAUGAGGAAGAGGAAAUAGAACUGAUUCCAGAAAAAAAUAUCAAUCAUGCAGCUGCUCUCAAGUGGACUGAAAAUUUAUUGGAUUAUUUAGAACAGCAAGGUGAUAUGAUUCUGCCUGACAAACUAGUAAUACGCAAGCUUCGGGCCACCAUAAGAAAUAAACAGAAGAUGACAAUGAAUCCAACUCAAUAACAGUAUUUUAAAAUUUCA